CGCAGGGUGAAACGUCCAAGAUCCCCGUUGCCAGAUUCAUCACCUGCACCGCGGCCAACACCUACUCGACGCGAUUCAGAGUCUUCCUUACCCCCAUCUUCACCUCCUGCCCCUUUUUCCGAUACAGAAGAAAGUGUCGAUGACAGAGAUUUAGUAAGAGACAUAGACGAUGAAGACGAGGCAGAGGAAGGCGAAGAUCUGUUUAAUGAGGACUUGAUGGUUGACUACGCGCCGAAUGAGUUACUGGACCGGUACUCAGAUCGAGAUAUCAACGAUGAAGAUGACUUCGAAGACAUGUCGGCAGCGGCUCGUAGAGCGGCUGAAGCUAGGAUGGACAGACGAGAUCGACUUGAACGCGGGGGCAGGCGUGGAGGUCGUGCAGCUCGUAGGAGUCGCAUGCCUCAGUUUCUAGAAAGUGACGACAUGGAAGAUGAAGAUGCUCUCGAUGGUGGUUUAGGUGUUUCCAGGAUGAAAAUACGUACCCGUAGGCACUAUGAUGAAAGGCGAGACAUGGAUGAUAUGGAUGGUGUCGAAGAUGAAAUACCAUUGGAACAACUUAGUGACAUCAAAGCUAAAUCAAUAGUCGAAUGGAUUGCAAACGAUCGCGUUCGUCGGUCCAUUGUCAAGCAUUUCCGCCAAUUUUUAAUGACGUACGUGGACGAGAAUGGUGCCUCGGUCUAUGGCCAACGAAUUCGUAAUCUUGGAGAAACAAACUCGGAAUCAUUGGAGGUCUCAUAUCUUCAUCUUGCACUUUCAAAACCAAUUCUGGCUUACUUCCUUACUAACUCUCCAUCCGCAAUGCUUACCAUUUUUGACGAGGUGGCCCUCAAUGCCAUACUUGUGUACUACCCUUCAUACGAACGUAUUCAUUCGGAAGUUCACGUUCGCAUAUCUGACCUUCCUCUAAGCUCUUCCUUGCGAGAUUUGCGGCGCUCGAAUCUUAAUAAUCUGGUGCGAGUUUCAGGCGUCGUUACGAGGAGAAGUGGUGUUUUCCCUCAGUUGAAAUACGUCAAGUUUGAUUGUCGAAAAUGUGGUGCUGUCCUGGGACCAUUUUAUCAAGAUGCUACGAGGGAGGUUAGGAUAAACUACUGUGCAAAUUGCGAAAGCAAGGGACCUUUCCCUGUCAAUUCUGAGCAGACGGUAUAUCGCAACUAUCAGAAAAUGACUUUACAAGAGUCUCCAGGCUCAGUCCCUCCUGGUCGUUUGCCUAGGCACCGAGAAGUGAUCUUGCUAUGGGAUCUUAUCGACAAUGCGAAGCCUGGUGAAGAAAUUGAAGUGACAGGAAUAUACAGGAAUAACUUCGAUGCAUCACUUAAUUCGAAAAAUGGUUUCCCUGUCUUCUCCACUAUCAUUGAGGCCAACCACAUUAACAAGAAAGAAGAUCUCUUCGCUGCGUUCAGGCUAACAGAAGAGGACGAGAAAGAAAUGCGAACUUUAGCCCGGGACGAACGAGUCCGUAAACGGAUAAUUAAAUCCAUAGCACCUUCUAUCUACGGUCAUGAAGAUAUCAAAACCGCUAUCGCACUCUCUCUGUUCGGAGGAGUUCCCAAGGAUGUUAACAGGAAACACAGAAUUCGUGGCGACAUCAACGUCCUCUUACUCGGUGACCCUGGAACAGCGAAGUCUCAGUUCUUGAAAUAUGCAGAAAAAACGGCACAUCGCUCCGUUUUCGCCACAGGUCAGGGCGCAUCUGCUGUUGGUCUGACUGCCAGUGUACGAAAAGAUCCGAUAACAAGAGAAUGGACGCUCGAAGGCGGGGCAUUGGUUUUGGCUGACAAAGGGACAUGUCUAAUUGAUGAGUUCGACAAGAUGAAUGAUGCAGACCGGACCUCGAUCCACGAAGCUAUGGAACAGCAAUCGAUAUCUAUUUCCAAGGCCGGUAUUGUAACGACUCUUCAAGCACGCUGUGCCAUCAUCGCAGCAGCUAACCCGAUUCGCGGGAAGUACAACCCAACAAUUCCAUUCCAACAAAAUGUCGAGUUAACGGAGCCCAUCUUGUCCCGUUUCGAUGUUUUGUGUGUCGUCAAAGAUACAGUUGAUCCUGUACAAGAUGAACUGCUUGCACGGUUUGUUGUUGGUAGUCAUCUGAGGAGUCACCCGAAAUUCGAGGCAGACAAAGAGGAGAUGGAUGUGGGGACGUCUCUUGAUGCUGAUAUUAUCCCCCAAGACAUUCUCCGGAAAUAUAUUAUGUAUGCUCGCGAGAAAAUCCGACCAAAACUGUAUGAUAUGGAUGAAGAAAAACUUUCCCGAUUGUAUGCCGACUUGAGGCGGGAAUCAAUGGCUACUGGAUCAUACCCAAUAACGCUGCGUCAUCUUGAAAGCAUGAUUCGUAUGGCUGAAGCCAGUGCAAAGAUGUCACUGCGAGAAUUCGUUCGUGCUGAUGAUAUUGAUGUGGCUAUUUCUGUUGCUGUUGGUAGUUUCGUCAGUGCGCAGAAGAUGUCUAUCAAGAAAACUCUUGAAAGGGGUUUCCGAAAAUAUCUUACUCAAGCGCGAGACUACGAGGAAUUAUUGGCGUUCAUUCUCGGACAGCUUGUCAAAGAAAAGGCCCGCUUUUAUCAACUACAACGAUAUCAACAACCUGAGCUGGUUACCGUCAAAGUUUCUGAGCUCGAUGAGAGGGCUAAGGAGCACGAUAUUUUCGAUACAUCGACAUUCCUGCACUCAAAAUUGUUUGUGGCUAACGGAUAUAAACUGAACGAAGAUAUCAUUGAAAAAAGGUUCACGACGAAUGCUUGAAAUCUUGUAUUAUGUACAGUAUGUUGUGCAGUUAUGAUUGUGCUUGGUUCUUUCGUUUUUGUGUGCUUUGUACCAUUGAACAGAAUGUAUAUCCCAGGAAAUCUUGACGAGGACUGGAUCCAAAGCAAGAGAGCAAUAUAUCAGUGUAUUUUUGAGUGGUGAGUAGUGAAAUAUAAUUAAUGCGGUGGUAGGGGGAGGAGUAGUGGUGAUAUGGAUGUAAUAAAUCAGGAUGCUCCAGGAUGAGAUACUGUAUACGCCUGUCCCAAUUAUGUCGUCUAAUGCAAGAGGGACAGCAUUCUAUGAUGAAGACACUGGUUCCUCCCCUUGAAUUGAAGGAACACUCUCAGCAGUAAGGUUAUGUAUAUCGCUUUGGCUGGCUGGAAGCUCGCCAUCCAUAUCUUCCUCGUCAUCCAUGAUUUCUCCCGUAAACUUCUGGGUGCUCUCUGAAGCAAUUUUGCAUGGCUUUGAACUUCUCUACGCAAUUUAUGCCCUUGGGUUCAUCUUCCGAAUAAACAAAGCAUGCAAAAGCCUCUCGGAAUUGUGGACCACAAGGACCAUGGGCCAUACCACCAAGACACGGGCAAUCCCAGUUAAUUUCGCCGGUCUCGGGAUUGAAAGCACCCGCAGCGGACUCUUCGUCGUCGCUUUCAGGCUGAGCAGCAGAUGGUGGUGCAGUACCUUCAGAAUCACUGUCA